AUGAAGCCGGAGCAGGAGCAGCCCAACUCGUACCGUUUGUUCCCGGAGGAGGAAUCCGGACUCCACCUCCACCAUUUCUUUGCCGCAGACCAGCGGCAGCAUCCACAACAGCUUCAUCACCCAAACCUCCUGCUCCAGGUUGAUUAUCCAAAGGCGUCUACAGCAGCUCAGGGCCAAAUGAACAAUAAUGCUAACUACAGCGUGCCUACUUGUAGUCCUGUCGUCUUAGGUAGUCAGGUUUCAGCGAACGACCUUGACAUGACCACCUCUGCAGGACUCCUUGAGCAGGCUAUUCAGGGCAUGAAGCAGAUUCACUAUGCUCCUGAUGCUCUGGAGGCAAAUUAUGGGGACAAUCCAGCAGAUGCAGAUACUACUACAAUAGUUAUUCGACGACCAAGAGCUUCUUCUGUUUCCCCUCAAGUCCAGAAUCAUGUACACCGUGACUGGCAGCAGAUCAUGACAGCUCCAGUGAUGAACACUAUGAUCAGUCUCAGGGACAUCGAGGGCCAAGUAGCAGAAUAUUGUGUUCAUCCCAAGGGGAGCCGUCUUGUACAGCAGGCAAUUGAGGUGGCCACCCCUGAAGAGAUCCUCAUGGUCUACAGGGAAAUCACGCCGCAUGUCCGUUCGCUGGCACUUGAUGUCUUUGGAAAUUACGCGCUCCAAAAGAUUCUUGACUAUGGACCGCGAUCCUGCAAGGGGAAGGCCAUCAGCCAUCUUAUUAGGCAUGUGUUACCCCUAAGCCUUCACAUGUACGGCUGCCGGGUCAUACAGAAGGCCUUGGAUGUAGCGGAACACGACCACAAGGUUGCGAUGGCCAAAAGGCUUGGUCACAAGGUGCUCAGGUGUGUUUACGACCAGUUCGCCAACCAUGUCAUUCAGAAGUGCAUAGAGUGUGUGCCUCCAAAGGAUAUCAUGUUCAUCUUCCGGAGCUUCUGCGGGAAGGCCAAGGACCUGUCCACCAACGUGUACGGCUGCCACGUCAUUCAGAGAGUGCUGGCAUACUGCGACAACCCUGAGAUCUCCGACACGUUGGCGGCAGAGAUCAUCGAGUCCGUUAACAAGCUGUCUAAACACGAGUAUGCAAACUACGUGGUGCAGUACCUGCUGGAGCACGGCGGCCAAGCUCAGCGGUCAGCCAUGGUGAAGAAAUUUGCUGGCCGCGUGGUGCUCAUGAGCUACCACAAGUACGCCUCGAAUGUGAUCGAGGCAUGCCUGAGCUUCGGGAGCCACGAGGACCGGCUGCUCAUCGCGAGCCAGAUCAUCGACAAUGGAGGCGGCCAGCACCUGGACAUGAUGAUCAAUCCCUACGCCAACUACGUCAUCCAGAAGAUGGUGUUCAUGGCGGAGGAGGAGCAGGUGCGCUUGCUGGUGGAUGUGGCCAGCAGGAAUGUGGCCUACCUGAGGAGGUACUCGCAUGGCCAGCACGUCAUCGCCGCCAUGGAGAGGUUCCUCAGCACCAAGGGUACGCAUCAUCCUGACCCGCGGCCUGUUGUCGUCCGGCCUGUUUCUCAGCAUGCAGCAGCAACACUGAUCACUGAGACACUGACUGACUGA